CACCGUGUGACAACAACAACUCGCCCGGAGAGCUAGAGAGCGAGCGAGCAGCGAGCAGCGGCAGCCAGCACUUUUCAGCUCAUUUUCUCUCUGUCAUUCCCUUCUCAAUCUUUGAUCCAUGUACUUGCCAGAGAGAACGGAAGUCCUUCAAACCUCCCCCUUUCCACCUUCAUCUUUAACUUGGUGCUAGAGCAAGGACCACAAAACAAACCACCUUCCCCCUUCCCCUAAACCCCAACGCUACCGCCCGCAGCGGACUUCUCCUCAUUCCCCACUUGCAGGACACUUUGUGCAUUUCUCUCUCUCACGCUUCCCCCUUCUCGGCGGCAGCUGUUUUGGGGUCUCCCCCCAUCCUCCCCCGACCCCCUUUUUGUCCGUGCGGCAACUUUUUUUCUCCCCCCCCCCUUCGUAUAUGUGACCAUGGCCGUACCGGCUGCUUUGAUCCCUCCGACCCAGCUGGUCCCCCCUCCACCUCCGAUCUCAACUUCUGCCGCCUGCACCAGCACCACCACCUCGUCGGCCACCUCGUCUCCGUCUUCUUCCAUCGCUCCCCCGCCAGGCUCUUCGGGGACGAACCUAUUCCGGCCGGAGCCCAUCGCAGCAGCAGCGGCGGCGGCGGCGGCCACAGUCACCUCCACCACCAGCAGCGGAGGAGGCAGCAGCAGCAGCAGCAGCAACGGAGGAGGCGGCAGCGGCAACAAUUGCAGCCCCAGCCUGGGCACCAGCAGCAGCAGCAGCAGCAGCGGCGCAGGCGGCGGCGGCACCUCCACCCCCAGCGCUAGCACCGCUAACAGCAGCAGCCUGCCGGGCAAGCCGGUGUACUCGACCCCGUCCCCGGUGGAGAACACCCCCCAGAAUAAUGAGUGCAAGAUGGUGGAUCUGAGGGGGGCCAAGGUGGCCUCUUUCACUGUGGAGGGCUGCGAGCUCAUCUGCCUGCCCCAGGCUUUCGACCUCUUCCUGAAGCACUUGGUCGGGGGCUUGCACACCGUCUACACCAAGCUGAAGCGGCUGGAGAUCACGCCCGUGGUGUGCAACGUGGAGCAGGUCCGGAUCUUGAGGGGGCUGGGGGCUAUCCAGCCCGGCGUGAACCGCUGCAAACUCAUCUCCAGGAAGGAUUUCGAGACCCUCUACAACGACUGCACCAACGCAAGUUCUAGACCUGGAAGGCCUCCUAAGAGGACUCAAAGUGUCACCUCCCCAGAGAAUUCUCAUAUCAUGCCACACUCUGUCCCAGGUCUAAUGUCUCCUGGAAUCAUCCCGCCAACAGGUCUGACAGCAGCAGCUGCAGCAGCAGCAGCUGCUACCAAUGCAGCCAUAGCAGAAGCAAUGAAAGUGAAAAAAAUCAAAUUAGAAGCUAUGUCCAACUAUCAUGCCAGUAAUAACCAACAUGGAGCAGAGUCUGAGAAUGGAGAUCUGAAUUCAAGUGUUGGCCUGGAACUUCCUUUUAUGAUGAUGCCCCACCCAUUAAUUCCUGUCAGUCUACCUCCUGCAUCUGUCACAAUGGCCAUGAGUCAGAUGAACCACCUUAGUACCAUUGCAAAUAUGGCAGCAGCAGCACAAGUACAGAGUCCCCCAUCCAGAGUCGAGACAUCUGUUAUUAAGGAACGUGUUCCAGACAGCCCGUCUCCUGCUCCUUCCCUUGAAGAAGGUCGAAGACCUGGCAGCCAUCCGUCAUCUCAUCGAAGCAGCAGUGUGUCCAGCUCACCUGCACGGACUGAGAGUUCGUCAGACAGAAUCCCAGCGGUACAUCAGAAUGGGCUAUCCAUGAACCAGAUGCUGAUGGGCUUAUCACCUAACGUCCUACCUGGCCCUAAAGAAGGUGAUCUGGCUGGUCAUGAGGUUGGACAUGAGACAAAAAGAAUACAUAUUGAGAAAGAUGAGACCCCGCUCUCCACACCAACCGCAAGAGACAGCCUUGACAAACUUUCUCUAACUGGGCAUGGGCAACCACUACCGCCGGGUUUUCCAUCUCCUUUUCUAUUCCCUGAUGGAUUGUCCUCCAUAGAGACUCUCCUGACUAACAUCCAGGGCCUAUUAAAGGUUGCCAUAGACAAUGCCAGAGCUCAAGAGAAACAAGUCCAACUGGAAAAGACGGAGCUGAAGAUGGAGUUGUUCAGGGAACGAGAACUGAGGGAAACUCUUGAAAAACAGCUGGCUGUGGAACAGAAAAACAGAGCAAUAAUUCAGAAAAGGUUAAAGAAAGAAAAGAAGGCAAAGAGGAAAUUGCAGGAGGCGCUUGAAUUUGAGACUAAGCGGCGGGAACAAGCAGAACAAACAUUGAAACAGGCAACUUCAACAGAUAGUCUCAGGGCCCUAAAUGACUCUCUGACCCCAGAGAUAGAAGCUGACCGCAGCGGGGGCAGAACAGAUGCUGAAAGGACAAUACAAGAUGGACGACUUUAUUUGAAAACUACAGUCAUGUACUGAAUUUUUCCUGCUGAAGCAAUUUGUGCUACGGUAAAGAACUUUGCAGUAAGAUGUUCGUUAUUUGGAAGUUCUACAGCAACAAAGUGUUUUCAAGGCAACUUCCUUAACUUUGUGUAUCAAUGUUCUUCAAAAGUUUAAAGCAUUCUGCAAGAGUGUUCUUCUUUCGUUAUCACCUGUGGCUCAAGCCAGCGAUCUAGAGAAUGUUUGUAAAUGUACAAGUUUUACUCUUCUUACAGUCAAAAACUGCAGCUUUGCGAUUGGAUCCUUGUAUACAAAGUUAUAGACCAGUCAGAACAAGGCCUAGCAUUCCCUUUUUAAUGAAAUGAAAACUCUGUCCUCCUCUGAUGAUUCUGUAUUUGAGCACAUCAAACAAUCCUUCCAGCAGUAUCCACCUACACUUACAGACUAUUUUGUCAUACCUAAACCAGCAAGUCAGCUAAGAAGUAAACUUGUAUGGGGGCAUAAGAGGAUUCCGACAAAAAAAAGUAAAAGGAAAAAAACCCUGUUAUAUUCAAUUUUCAAACUUUGUGAAUGUGGAUUUUCUUCUAAAGACUUUUUUUUCCACAUGCUUUCCAGGAGACCAACACAUGGAUGUUAGACCACAUGAAGUAAAAUGAAAUUUUGUCUAAGAGAAAGGAAAUGCUGAAUGUAAGCAAAACUGUUUUACUGUUCACAAAGUCUCUUUUCCUAAAAUAAACAUAAAAAUAUAAAUAAAACGAGUAAUAAUUUCUCAUUCCAAACUGGCAGGGGUUUAUGGAAAAAAAAAAGACUUUGCUUCUUAUUCAAACUGUUGGUCACGUGUACAGUAUAUAAACACAAACAACACCAGGAAGGUAUUAUGUAUGCAGUAGAAUACUAGCAUUUAGGAAAAUGAACAUUUUAGAUAAUGUUUUGUCACCCUGUUUGUCCGAAAGACGCCUUUCUAGUUUUAACGCAUGCAGGCAUGUAAAUAUUUGUCCUGGAGUCACAGUAUUAAUGAAUGAGAUCUUAAGCAUCUGGUAACGAAUCAGAAUUCCGUAUCAGCCACUUUUAUUUGUAUAUUGAUCCCUGAUUAGUGCCCUGAAACAGCACUUUUAAGAAUGGACUGUGGCUGAGCAGCAAGUCAGAACACCAGAAAUAUUUUUAUAUGUUAAUGUCAGAUUACGUCAAUGUUGCUAAAAAGAAAACCUAACGAACACUUGAUGUAUCAAUCCAAUACCACAUAGAGCUGAGUGAUACAGUUGAAGUCUAUUGUUCCUCCCUCACCUGAUCUUAGGGGAAGGGUGGUUAUGUGUUAUUUUCACUGUCUUUAUGAAAGCUACAAUGUGUUUUCACCUUUGUGCUGAUAACUGGAAGUAAGCUGCAUCACACUGCUUUUUACAUACUUACUUAUGUUCCUUGCUUUGCAUAAUUUUAAGUUACCCCUUUAAAGACUGAUUUGGUGAAUCAGCGUUGUUACUGUAAGUUUUGUGAUUAUGCUUUCUUCAUCUGUAAUGUAUGCAUAUAAAAUGUUAUUUAUUACAUGGAAACAUAUCAGAAUCUUAAAUGUCUAAGAUGCCUAACAAGAAAAUUCUCCUUUACGAAAUAGUUCUGAUUGGAUAUCAUUUUAUCAAAUUAAAAAAGAAAUCUAAAGAUUUGUAAACUCUGGCUCUGCGCUUCUAUUGUUUUGUAGGUCUUUCCUUGCCAUCAGGGGCGGCUCUAGACAUUUUGCCGCCCCAAGCAUGGCGGCAUGCCGCGAGGGGCGCUCU